CGAUUUUCAUGAAUUUUCCAAUGACAUAUAACCAAGAAAAGGUUUAUUUUAUCAAAAGAAAUCUCUAAUUAAUAGUGUAUACAAUAAAGAGAGCCUUUAUUUUUGAAAGGCUCUUUUGAAGAUGGAACCGUAACCGCUUCAAACGUAUAAAAAUAUACUAAACGAUAUAGGUACCGUUUGUCACACCAAAAAGUUACCACUUUGCUAUCUCACUUUCGAUCACUCCCGCCGCCGGCAAAUCAAACCCAAUCCACAGGUUUGGUUCUCGUGAUGUCUGGGCGCGAUAGGAUCAGCGAGUUGCCGGAAUCUUUGCUUACUCAUAUACUCUCAUACCUUCCGACAAAACAAUCGGUGCAGACAAGUGUUUUGUCUAAGAGAUGGGAGAAUCUGUGGCUAAGUGUUCCCAGUCUUGACUUAGAUUGCUCUUAUAAUGUUAUUCCUUAUGAUGCCGAUGAAGUGCUCUUAAGCUUCUUAAGCUUCAUUGACAAGCUUCUCGAGUUUAGCCCUGAGUCAAGUCUGUUUAAAGUUAAGGUUAAGUGCAGAGACGCGAUGAUAGAUGGGUUCAGGGAUCGGAUGGGUAUAAUGAUUAACCGGGGGACACAACAUCUCGAUGUUGAGAGCAGUACCUAUUAUAUAGAGGACGACAAAUUUCCCUAUCCUAUUGUUGACAUGAUGCCUAUGAAUCUCUACACGAGCAGGACAUUGGUUUACUUGAAGCUCUCGUCUUCUGGUCUUAGGGAUCCUGCUUUUGUUUUCAUGCCUUGUCUUAAAUUCAUGCAUCUUGAAGAAGUUAAGUGGCGUGUGCAUCUGGAGAAACUCGUGUCAGGGUGUCCUGUUCUUGAAGAGCUGACUUUGGUUAGGGAUCUGGAUGAUGACUAUGCACUUAGGAAUGUUGAAUUUGGGGUUAUGCGGGUGAGGUCUCAGAGCUUGAAGAAGUUUCGUGUGCCGCUUAAGCACGGAAGGAAUUGCAGUUCAGUAGUGAACUGCACACUUGAGAUUGAUGCUCCAGGGCUAGAGUAUAUGAGUCUCGGAGAAGAUCAAUUUGAUAGCAUUAUUGUGGUAAAGAACCUGACUUCUUUGUUGGUGGUUGACCUUGAUAUCAAGUUUGUUGUCGAGUUUGGCGUGUUCUUUAAUCCCUGGAACUUAGCAAAGAGAAAUGAAAUCGGUGAUUUUCUCAAUGGGCUAUCGAGUGUUAGAGAUAUGAUCAUCUCUGCGGAAACAGUGAAGGCUCUUGUUCGCUACUCACAAGUAGGAAUGAUUCCUAAAUUCAACAACUUAUCCCGUUUAGAAGCAGUGUUCCCUAGCCACUUGUUACAGUUUCUGCCAGUCUUUCUCGAGUGUUGCCCGAAUCUGAAACACCUAGUCUUGAAGGUUGUUCAUUCAGAGGAGUGGGAGGAGGAAUUGGAACUCACAGAUGUGCCACGGUGUGUCUCAACGACUCUUGAGUGUGUUGAGAUAAAAGAUAAGUUUGAAUGGGAGGAAGGGAAGAUGAAAGUAGCCAGUUACUUUCUUGAAAACUCAGCUGUACUGAAGAAACUCAUUCUGAGCCCAGCGGCUUAUGAUCAGAACGUAUACGAGAAAGUUAAUAAACUCACAAAACGUUCUCCAGGAUGUCAAAUUAUCAAUGAGUGAGAGUUCAUCAUCAGUGUAUGAGUCUUCUUUUUUAGUCCUGGUUUGAUUCCUUAGACUAUUGUUGUUGAAUCUUCUAAAAGUCCCAUUCUCAGUUUCUUGGAUGGUUUUAGAUAAAUGAUGAUCUUAAAAUGUCAGUUC